AUGGUGAAUAAGUGUUGUGUAAUUGGUUGCAAAACCCUGUAUGUGAGGGAAGGCAUUGUCAACUUUAAAUUACACAGGUUUCCUCUAUCAAAUCCAGAAACGCUACCUGUGUGGAUAGCUGCCACUGGUAGGGGAAAAGAUUGGACACCUUGUAAAAGCAGUAGAUUGUGUGGCAAUCAUUUUGAAGAUUCUGAAUACAAACUUGGCCAUGGGAAAAAUGUUUUGAAGUCAACCUCGGUCCCAACGAUUGAAUAUCAUGUAGAUGUUUUGAGAUACAACAGAAGGAAGCCACUAAAUUGUAAUAAUAUGGAGCAAACGAAUAAACCUUUAAAAAGCGAUCCAGUGGAUAGUAGUGAUGCAAAUGAUGAAACUGUCCAACUUGACUAUAAUGAUUUGAACAAUUUUAAGUACAAACAUCAAAAUAAGGGUGAAAAUUAUGAUCACGGAAAAUCGUAUAAUAAAAAUGAAAAUGAAAAAUGUACAAAAGAAAAUGAUCAUCUUCACGUUAUAAAGUUGGAGAAUAGUUAUAAUAACGGGGAUGAUGCUAGUCAUGACGAUGCCAUAAAGAACGAUUAUGAAGGUUUCAACGAUGAACCAAAAAAUUAUAUUUGUAACAGAGAAAACCAAUGUUACAUGUUUACUAGCAGUUUCAAUGAAGGCGCUGAAUCUAUAGUUAUAACACCUCCAGAAGAACCAUUAAAUAUGGAUAUUGACCAAAAAGCAGCAGAUUUAAAGUUUAAGAAAAUUAUGGAUUUAAAAUUAAAAAAACAACAACUGCGCACUAAAAAUAUUUAUAGAUUAUACUUCAAGGCUUUGGAAAAAAAAAAGUUUCGAAAACAUGAAAAGUGUAAAAAUUCUUUCAACAAUGAUGCAGAUUCAUUUGCCGCAUUUAUAGGAGCACAAAUGAAAGAUUUACUUCCACAUAGAAAGGUUUAUUUAAGUGCACAACACAAAAUUCAAAAAAUUCUUAUGAAAGCACAGCUUAAAAUAACAAAUUGA